CCGCCGCCGCCGCCCGCUGCCGCCGCGGUUCCGCCGGCGCUUGCGGUCACCCAGAAACAUGGAGGCUCCGGGUGCCCAUCGGGAAGGGCAACGUCACACCUCCUGAGGACAGCCAGGAGGACUCUGGCUUUUGCUGAGCAUUGCAUCUUGCCUCCUUCCUUUCAAAGGCUCCAGACCCAAUCUCAGCUGUCCUCGAGUCCUGCGUGCCCUUGACCAGGCAUCCCACUGCCCCUCCAGCCCAGCCCAGCCCUGGAGCUCACCUCCAGGACCUGGAGCCUACCCUCCUGCCCAGAAUGACUCACCAUUAUUUCUAGCUCAAGUGAGAAGACGUGAUGGGGAAUCAGACUGCCUGUUUGUGUAUCUAGGAUUCCUGCAGCAUCAGAUCAGUUCUGCAAGGAAGAGAGCUGCAGAUUCCUGCCUUGUCAGCCAAGCGGGGCUAUCUCUCUGGCUCUCAGAGAGACCUGGGGGCUCCCCUGCAGGAGUGCAGGCCGAUGCUGCUGUGUUUCCUGGGGCCGUAAGCAGCGCCCUGAGCUCCCUGCCGCCAGGCAGCUAGAAGGCGUAGCGAGAGGCGCUUCUCUUGGUUCCAAUUAUGACAGUGGCCACCGGAGACCCAGUGGAUGAGGCCGCUGCCCUCCCUGGGCACCCGCAGGACACCUAUGACCCAGAAGCAGACCACGAAUGCUGUGAGAGGGUGGUGAUCAACAUCUCAGGGCUGCGGUUUGAGACCCAGCUAAAGACCUUAGCCCAGUUUCCAGAGACCCUCUUAGGGGACCCAAAGAAGCGGAUGAGAUACUUUGACCCUCUCCGGAAUGAGUACUUUUUCGAUCGGAACCGCCCAAGCUUUGAUGCCAUUUUGUACUACUACCAGUCUGGGGGCCGGUUGAGGCGACCCGUGAAUGUGCCCUUAGAUAUAUUCUCCGAAGAAAUUCGGUUUUAUGAGCUAGGAGAAGAAGCAAUGGAGAUGUUUCGGGAAGAUGAAGGCUACAUCAAAGAGGAAGAGCGUCCUCUACCCGAAAAUGAAUUUCAGAGACAGGUGUGGCUUCUCUUUGAAUACCCAGAGAGCUCAGGGCCUGCCAGGAUUAUAGCUAUUGUAUCUGUCAUGGUGAUCUUGAUCUCAAUCGUCAGCUUCUGCCUGGAGACGUUGCCCAUAUUCCGGGAUGAGAAUGAAGACAUGCAUGGCAGUGGAGUGACCUUCCAUACCUAUUCCAAUAGCACCAUCGGGUACCAGCAGUCCACUUCCUUCACCGACCCUUUCUUCAUUGUAGAGACCCUCUGCAUCAUCUGGUUCUCCUUUGAGUUCUUGGUGAGGUUCUUUGCCUGUCCCAGCAAAGCCGGCUUCUUCACCAACAUCAUGAACAUCAUUGACAUUGUAGCCAUCAUCCCCUACUUCAUCACCCUGGGAACAGAGCUGGCUGAGAAGCCAGAAGAUGCUCAGCAGGGCCAGCAGGCCAUGUCACUGGCCAUCCUUCGAGUCAUCCGGUUGGUAAGAGUCUUUAGGAUUUUCAAGUUGUCCAGACACUCCAAAGGUCUUCAGAUUCUAGGUCAGACCCUCAAAGCCAGCAUGAGAGAAUUAGGCCUCCUGAUAUUCUUCCUCUUCAUCGGGGUCAUCCUCUUCUCUAGUGCUGUCUAUUUCGCAGAGGCCGAUGAGCGAGAGUCCCAAUUCCCGAGCAUCCCGGAUGCCUUCUGGUGGGCAGUCGUCUCCAUGACAACUGUAGGCUAUGGAGACAUGGUUCCAACUACUAUUGGGGGAAAGAUCGUGGGUUCCCUAUGUGCAAUUGCAGGUGUGUUAACCAUUGCCUUACCUGUCCCCGUCAUAGUGUCCAAUUUCAACUACUUCUACCACCGGGAGACAGAGGGAGAGGAACAGGCCCAGUACUUGCAAGUGACGAGCUGUCCAAAGAUCCCAUCCUCCCCUGACCUAAAGAAAAGUAGAAGUGCCUCUACCAUUAGUAAGUCUGACUACAUGGAGAUCCAGGAGGGGGUAAACAACAGUAACGAGGACUUUAGAGAGGAAAACUUGAAAACAGCCAACUGCACUUUGGCUAAUACAAACUAUGUGAAUAUUACCAAAAUGUUAACUGAUGUCUGAUUGAACCCUAUUCACAUACUCACAGCUCAAUGGAACUAAUGCAGAUAUUGCAUAAUAGCCUGCAUUGUAGUCAGUGUGUUCUACAGUGUGUAUCUGGUUCUGCAUGGAAAGCAAUAGUCGUGCAAGUGACUUUUGAUCUUUUGAUUUUUGAUUUAGAACACAGAAUAUGUAUCCAUGGCUUUCAUGCAAAUCUUCAUCACCGGCUUAGGGGUUUCCAAAGAUGGGAGUCACCUAUGGAAGCCAGGAUUUCAGAAGGACACAUUGAGGCCACCUCAUAGCAAAUACAGAACCUACCACAUCAGUGUCACCUUUUCUUCCUAAUGAAAUGCACACGGCAUCUCGGAGAUGCAAUUCCCCCCCCACACCCCACUUGAGCCUACCUCCCCCUUCACAGAGGAAAACCACGGUAGCUUAGCUUUAAA